UAUGUAAGUGUUCGGCCUUUUUCGACUGCAGUAUUGCGAAGACGGUCGUGUUUUGAACGACUCUUCAAGAAUACAGACAAGCAGGUUAUCUGCUUUGUUGCAGAGUUCUAAGGAUGGCGGCUCUUGUGGAACUUAACAGGCCGUUUGAAUUGGAAAAUGAUCAGGACGUGUCUUUCUUUUUUCAUUCUGGUAAAGAGGACAGUGGUGACUCGGACUCUCUUCACUCUACGGUACCCACUAUGGACAUAUGGAAAAAGUUUGAACUUCUACCAACUCCUCCAAGAUCUCCUUCACGUAGUAGCGAUUCACCGGUUCCUAUUGACAGUUCUGUCGUUGCCGAUACUCUACAAAUCGUCUCCGAGAUUCUAGACGAAGACGACGCACAACCACAAGUGCAAUCAGACAAGAACUGUAGUCUGCGAUCCAAGUUAAUUCAGGAUUGUAUGUGGAGUCUUGCUUAUGACUCAUUCGACCUAGGAAAAGUGCUAACUUGUCCGGAAGACUUAUACGAGACUCCAUGCUCUACACCACCACCUGUAGAAUAUGUGAGCACAGACUGCGUCGAUCCUGCUACCGUAUUUCCUUACCCGAUCAAUGACACUCAAAGUUUGUGCAGUAGCCAUACCAGUGACUCCGAGGAGGAAAUCGACGUGGUUACUAUAGAAAAACCGAAGCGACGGCUUUCCGCAAACACAGACGAGCCCCCAUUGAAACGACACAAACCUGUUGCUUCAAGAUCAAAAUCGUUUUCUUCGCAAAAGAAAUCCAAAGAAGUUAAACGGCAAGCGAGUAGCGGAUCCGACGAGGAAGACUGUGAAAAUAAACGAGCAGUACACAAUGUUCUUGAACGGAAACGAAGGAAUGAUCUCAAGACAAGUUUUCAUCUACUGCGGGCCGAGGUCCCAGAGAUUGAAGAUAACGAACGAUCACCUAAAGUAGUUAUUCUCAGAAAAGCUAAAGACUAUGUGGAACAACUGAAGAUAGACGAAGCAAGACUUCGAAAAGAAUUGGACAAGGAAAACAAAAAGAAUAAAGAACUAUCAAACAAAUUGUCAGCGUUGCGGUCGACCAGGAGAACCUGCACUUCGACCUGAAAAUUGAUGAAUCCUCGCCUUUACACAUUGUAAAUACAAUCAUGUAGACGAUCUUUCGACUUGAACUAAAAGCAACAUAGUAAGCAUUAAUAUAUAAGAUUUGUUGAUUACAUUCAGUGAUCGUUUAUUGCGUAAUAGCUUGAACCAAACUUCUGGUAGACUUAAGUUGUCGAUAUAUGCUCCUACGUGUACUACAAAUAAUAAUAUGUGCUAUCAAGAAAAAAUUAUCAUAUGACUCGAGAAACGUGUUCGGUCUGUAAAAAAUUUAGCCAGAUUUAAUAUUUAGAAUCGAAGUCAUUGUAAAUACAGAGUGGUUUCCUUCUAGAUUGCUCAAUUUGUAUAGAUUUUUCACACCAGAAGAUCGGAUGAAUGGAGAAAUUUGCAUAAUCACAAGAAAGCGCGCGAAAAAAAGGUGUUCUAAAUUUGCAUACGAUUUAUACAUACCUGUUGGACGCCUGAAUUAAUAUUUGAAGCUCGCUUCUAGAAAGAAUUAUUGACCCCUAGGUAAAUGAUAGGGAUGUUUAGAUAGUUUAGGAAAAAAUGCUGUUAAUUUUUGCUUGAAUUCCAGAUAUGCUAUUUUACUAUGUAAAACGUUUGGUAAUGCCAAGUUGGCUUUGGAAGAAAGGAAAUUGUGUGAUUUGAAACAAACUGAAUGAGAAUUGGAGUGAUAAAAUUCCAACAGUCCCUUUUGGUAUCACAUAGGUAAAUUUAUCAAGAUGAGCCUGUCUUUUGCCUUCUUUUCCAUUAAAUAAUGAUUAUAUCUUGAAACAUUGCUACAUUUAGUAGCUUAACUUUGAUCAAAAGAAAACAAUUUUUCUGAGUAAGUUAUAUCAUGAUUUAURUUUGUUCUAGUUAAUUGGAAAUGACGAUAAUAUAUUGCCCUUUGAAAUAAAGAUGUUGGGUAGAAUUAUA